ACAGAAACCAUAAACCAUAGAAGUUUACUUGUGCUACAGUCUACAGAGGUACUACAAAAUAGGAGUCUAGAGAAGAUUUAUUCUGCAACAGAAAAAGAGAGGUAUAGAUCAAAAUGGAAGAAGCAAUGAAAGCAAUAGCUAGUGUAAAGUUAGAAGAUGUAGCUACUAACUUUCCCCCCUUUAUGGUGAUCUACAAAGAUGGAACAAUACAGAGGUUUCUUGGCACCCAAACUGUGGCCGCAUCGACAGAUGCGGCCACAGGGGUGGAGUCUGAGGACGUAGUGAUAUCCCCAAAAGACGAAGGCGGAGUAUGGGUGCGCCUAUACAAGCCUAAAGAUACCCUGCAGGGAUCAAAGAGGCUUCCUGUAGUGAUUUACUUUCACGGAGGAGCCUUCUGUGUGGAAACAGCAGCAUCACCUACAUACCACAACUACCUCAACACAUUAGCCUGUAAGGCCAAUGUGAUAGUGGUGUCUGUGGACUAUAGAUUAGCCCCAGAACACCCUCUACCAGCUGCGUACGAGGAUUCGUGGGCGGGUGUUAAGUGGGUUGAUGAUGGGCAGGGACAUCAGUGGAUCAGAGACUAUGCUGAUCUGUCUAGAGUAUUCUUUGCAGGAGACAGUGCAGGUGCUAACAUAUCCCAUCACAUGGCGAAACGAGUAGGAAAAGGAAAAGAAAUGAUGAAUCUGAAAUUGAGAGGCAUUCUUCUGGUGCACCCAUAUUUCUGGGGUAUAGAAAGGAUUGGAUCUGAGGCUAACAAGAUUGCCAAUCUUCCAGGAGGAGGAAUGGCAGAGAGACUGUGGGAAUUUGUCUGUCCUGGGACAAGUGGCGCGGAUGAUCCCCUGAUAAACCCGGCUAUGGACACUGAGUUGGGGGAUUUGGCUGGGGAGAAGGUGAUGAUUUGUGUGGCAGAGCAGGAUAUGCUCAGGGACAGGGGUUUACACUACAAGGAGGCAUUGGUUAAGGGCAACUGUAAGGCAAGUGUUGAAGUUGUUGAGACCCUAGAGGAGAAUCAUGUCUUCCACUUGCUCAAUCCGGCCUCAGCCAACGUAGUCCCUUUCAUGAACCAGGUUGUUGCUUUCCUCAACUCAGCUUAGUUGAUGGAAUAGUGAGUACUUAGUAGUAGUAAUUGAGUAAUGAUUUCUAAUUUAUUGUGCUUAUGUUGUCUAAAGUUAGCUCAAGUUUUUCCAAAUGUAUUACCUCUACUUUCAUCUUCAUAAUUAAGGUACUUCUUCUA